ACAGAAUUCAUUAAAAAAAAUUUCUCCACCUUUGAUCAAAAUUUUGAGCCAGAGCUUCCAUUAGAUUCUAAAACUGACUAGAGUUUGGAAGUGAAAGUGUGAUUUCUGUGUAUGGAGAAGUGUCUCAGAUGCCACUUUUUUGUCUUGAUAAAACUUGCAGAAUAAACAAAGGUACAAACAAAACAGGCAGGAAAAAGCAACCAACCUAACAGUCAACGAAAACCUACCGGUCUCCACUAUUGCUGCUAUUCUAUUCUUUCUGCUGCUUUCAGCUUCCCACGCGCGAUUCUUCUGCUGUUGCAAUGCUUCCCUGGAUAUAACCUUUUCAUUUCUGGCAACAUCUGUUUUCUUGUCCAUACAAUUUUACAACACAAAACGAAGAAAUUGAAGAAAUUUGUUUGAUUGGUAAUGGCGAGGACAGGCAACAAGAAUAUACAAGCCAAGCUGGUGGUUGUAUCCUUUUGUUCGCAAUGAUUACAUGGAUGAUCCAUGAAAAAGAAAGCAUCUAUGUUUGUCACAUUCUUAAGCUUUCUCCAGGUACUUCUUGGAGAUAUGGGAACUGGAAAAACAAGUUUGGUAUUGAGAUUUGUCAAAGGCCAAUUUUUUGAUUUCCAGGAAUCAACAAUUGGAGCAGCAUUCUUCACACAGGUUCUGUCAUUAAAUGAAGCCACUAUAAAGUUUGAUAUAUGGGAUACAGCUGGGCAGGAACGAUACCAUAGUUUGGCUCCAAUGUAUUACCGUGGUGCAGCUGCAGCCAUUGUUGUUUAUGACAUCACGAGCAUAGAGUCAUUUGAAAAAGCUAAGAAAUGGGUGCAAGAAUUGCAAAGACAAGGAAAUCCAAAUUUGAUAACGUUUUUGGUGGCAAACAAGGUUGAUUUGGAAGAUAAGAGAAAAGUUGGAUAUGAGGAUGGUGAGCUAUAUGCUAAAGAAAAUAGCCUAUCUUUUCUUGAAACAUCUGCAAAGACUGCACACAAUGUCAAUGAACUCUUUUAUGAAAUAGCAAAGAGAUUGGUAAAAGCUAACCCUUUACGUCAAACCGGAAUGAAGUUGCACACUGGACGUCAAGUAGGUGGAAGUAGAGGGUUUUGUUGCUCGUGAUAAUACCCAGACUUGCAGCUUGAAUUGUUUUCAUGAUGCUAUUUGAAAAUAUUGCAUUAUGAGAUGGGAGCAGUUAGCGGGUUAUCGAAGUCAGAAGGUUUUGCUCUGCUCUUUGGACAACCUGAUUCCAUUGCAUACCUUGUUAUAUGUACAUGUGGAGUUUUCACUACUAAAGCUUUGUGUACUUAUGGAAAUGUUUUAAAGAAAUCAUUACGAAACUGAAAUGAAUAAAAAAUUUGCUAAUUACUGUGUUGUUA